AUGAAUUAGUACAAAGGUUUGGUAUAACCUCAUCCCCCCGUACUAGCUACGUAAUGGUAUCGUCCAAGAUGGCAGCCUCCUUGAUCAAACGAUGUUUGUCUGUCAAAUUUAAAAGCUUGCCCCCAUUUCUCUCAGCCAGACGAUGGCUGCUCUCUGCGGCGUACACUGACCCCAAAGUAUGGGAGGCGAGGGAGACUGAGCCCCAGAACCUGGCUGUACUGGCCAACAUGAUGGAUAGGACGUAUGACAGGAACUUCCCUGUCAGCUCGCUGACUAUCUCACGGUUUGUUGACAACAUAUCAUCUCGAGAGGAAGUUGACCAAGCAGAGUAUUACCUUUACAAGUUUCGUCACAGCCCGAACUGCUGGUACCUGCGAGACUGGACCAUUCACGGCUGGAUCCGACAGUGUCUGAAGUAUGGAGCAAAAGAUAAAGCCCUGCACACACUAAAAAACAAGGUCCAGUAUGGAAUAUUUCCGAAUGACUUCACCUUCAACCUACUCCUGGAUUCAUUUAUUAAGGACAAAGAUUUUAAAAGUGCGUGUUCUGUGGUUGAAGAAAUAAUGCUUCAGGAGGCGUUUGACCUCCGUUCCACUCAGAUCCUCUCUCUGUACGCUUUGAGCAACUAUCUGUCUACAAAACCACAACUUUCUAUCUCAGAGGAGAGAUCUCUGGGAGCUUCUCUGCUCCUCUGUGGCCUAAAGCAGCACAGUACCGUCGGCCUCAGUGCUCAGCUUCUCGGAAAUGCUCUUCUCGGCAAAGUGGAGUUUUUAAAGGGCAUUCACGCCGUCUUUAAGGGUAUGCCGCUCUUCUGGGCUCGAGGGUAUCUGGGACGAGCUCUGGACGUCAUGGAGACGACUGCUGCUGACGCGGGUGAUGUCAAGCUGUCCAAAGAUGCACUGGAUUUUGUGAACGUGUUGCUGCAGGAGCUGUCGUCGCACACGGGCUCCUCUGGAGAGCAGCUGGAAGGGACGGACAAGAAAGAAGAGGAGGAGGUGGAUGAAGAUGACCUGGCCGAGAAGGCUAAGCUGCCAAUAUACGUCAGCCGGUUUGAGGAGCUGAUGAACCAGCUGGAGUCUCAGGGUAAAAUAGAGCCCUCCUCCUUCAAGGCUUUAGCCACAACUGUGAGUGAGCAGCAGCUGGCUGAUGCGGAGAAACCAGAGCUGGAGGAGUACCUGAGCCAGGUACAGAGCUGGGAGGCUGAGAGGAGGCAGCUGAUCCAGAGGGAGAAGGAGAUGAGGCUGAAGGCCGAGCAGGAGAAGCAGGAGCGGUUGGCUGCCGGCGCUGCAGCUCAGCAGGCGUAGACUCUGAAAAGUGUGUUAAAUGCCUUUAUCCCUGUUACUUUUGUAAAUAUACUAUUACUGCAUUUUCAGAUGUAACUGUGGACAUCUGGGUACAAAAAUAAACUUUUAUUUGUAUCAAAAA